AUGGCACCCUCGCCAGAACUUGGACAGCCGAAAGCGCCCGACAAACCGGGCACAGAUGAGGCACAGCAUGUGGAACCAUCGACUUCCGGCGAAGUGACCGAACGUACGUGCACCACAGCUGCUCCUGCAGGAAGUGCUAGCAGUGAGCCAGAUGUUAAUAAUAGCUCCAAUGCGGUAGGCGGUACCACGAGCUCUUCAAUCAACAGCAGCAACAUGAAGGCUGGUACGAGCGCUGCCCCGGUCGGAGUUCCACCCGUCAUUAGUACGAUGGCCAUGUCGGCAGCAACAACGACCACUACCACCACUCCGGCUACGGCGGUGAAGGUAUCAUCGUCUACAACAUCAUCCGCCCUAACGCCAACAUCUGCCGCAUCAUCCGCCUCCAAUAGUAGCCAUGGUAAAGCUGCGGAAAGCAGUAAGAAUUCAUCAUCCAGUACCGCCGGUAACAACAAAGACAACCACCAGCAGUCCUCGUUUGCACAGGAACCGCUCGCAACCAUGAAUGAAGAUGCUCUAAAAGCUUUGCUGGAUGAAGCGAUCACUUACAAAUGCCCGAAGGAUCGUGAGCAUAAGAGCGCGACAUUUAAUGAACUGUUGAGCAAAACGGAACGCGAAGACCAAGAACAAAAUUUUUCCUUCACCAGUCGGCCAGUACACAGCAAACGAGCCUCCGCCCGUCCGACGCAGGGCGGUUCACUGCAGGACAUAACAGAAGCCACCAAGCAAGAGUAUGGAUACACAGAGUACUGUUCUGGUUCGAGCCUUUCUCACAAACGGCAUGGUGGCGGCGGUCAUGGUGGUUCCCGCAGCAAGCGUCAAAUAUCGUCGGUUUCCUCGAGGCAGCGCGAGGGUGGCAGUCUGCCUAGUAACGUGAACGAAACAACCACACCGUCCUACAUCAGCGAGCAACCGUUCCUGAACGAAGUGCGCCGUCCGCUUAAAUCGACGUCGGCAAAGUUUUCCGCCAAAAGCAACGACUAUGGAGCGCUACUGCAAUCGGCCCCGCUGAAUGCGAUCGGGGCAAGCGAUUGGGGCGGUAUUAGUGGUCUGGCUGGUGAGGAAUCUCAAUCGAAUGUUGCCAGUGGCGAGACCGGAGUUGAAAGCACGAGUAUUGGUUUUAUACGGGGUGGCGGGGUCGUUGUUACGGGACCUGCAGCAGCAGCACAUACUGUCAUCAAUAUGGGCGAGCUAGAUUCAGAUGAGGGGCCGUCCGGUAAUCGGGGUUUCCGGGAGAUAUUUUCCGGUCACGCAAACAACGCACUACAACAGUUGUGUAUGUUUGUGUCUCAGAACAAUCACUACGAAUCCAGCGCGGACGAAAUCGAAAUGACGGGCAUGGGCGCUUCCGCCAACAGUACGUCUGCGACCGGCGGCAUAGGCUGCACUGCUGCGAGCGCUGGCAGCGGCAGCGGGAUUGGCGGUGCAACUGUAUCCACCGGAACAACCAUUACAUACGGCGGAUCGGGAGCAGAUACGUAUGGCAACGGGGGCACUAAUAGCAACAGCAGCACAUCCAGCAGCAUCAGUAGCAGUAGCGGGGCCAACCUUGUAGGAUCAGCUCCGGGAGCGGGCGGAGGACUUUCUUCGUCAAAGAAAACGUUCUGCUACUCUAAAGCACAGUACACGACGCAGGCAUGCCUGGAAAUAGGGCAGGCAACUAAUAGGCCGUCGGCGGUACAUCAUGUUGAUACGACCGUUUCGUUACCGAUGCUAGAGGCAGUUCAGCUCGGUUCCACAUAUCCGGCGGUAAAGUGUAUGAUAGACAGCAGCAAAGUGGAUCAAUCCACCAUUAAGUCGGUACUUUCGUCAAGCAAUCAGUUCAUAUCGACAACGAGAAGUAGCCUCACUUAUCCGACAAUACAGCAAAAGUUUGAUGAGAAUGGAAACUCUGUUUCGCAGUUUGGCGGUAGCGGAAGCGGCGGUGGUCUCGGUUCAUCCGGUAGCGGCAAUCAGAUGGGAGUCGGUGGUUCGGGCAGUGGCUCUGGAAGCAAAAAAUCUCGUAAACCUAAAUCCGAUCGCAACACGGUAGUGGUUGUACCAGAAAAUAUAGCCGGCUAUCGAGGCAAAUCCGAUAUCGAGGCCCUCGUCAGCUACAUCGAAAAUACUGAUAAUGAUAAGUCACACCAACCGCAACAUCAACUAUCUCAGCAGCAACAAUUGCAGCUUCAACAGCAGCAAUUACAAUCAUCGCAACAUUCGUCCUCGAAAGGUGGUAGUGUCGGUGGUGGCAACAAUGCGCCUGGUGGAGCUUCAGGAAUAAAUUCCAAAAAUACCAACGCCAAACAGAUGGGUAUCGCGAGCAACAGCUUAACGAGUGGUGGCUUAGGAACGGUCGAUAAUGGAGGGGAGGAAAAAUCGAAACGGAAGAAUGAUAAGAAACGUGAUCGAGCGGCCAAGAUGAAGAAAAGCAAUUCUCUCGAAGAGCUAAGCAGUUGUAGCCGGAAAAAGGUUGAGGAGGAAAACACACGACAGAAUCAUGUGGAAAAGGCCCGUGCACAGGAAACGGAUCCGGCCGUAACGUUGCGCAACAGCAAGUCGAAAAAGUCUGCCCAAACUGCAGCGAAUGCCGGCAGUGCAAGUGGUGGUGCUUCCGUUGCAUCUGCAUCGAGUCUGGCCGGAACGAAGGACGCUAGUGGAGGGAAACGUUCCGAGAGAAGAUCCUGGGGAACGGAAGAGUUGAGUUUCUUCGGUAACGAUGCAACGGCUGCAUCAUCGAUUCAGGCGAGCGGCGACGAUGGUGGUUUGUCAACGACUGUUGCUCCCCCAGCUGUUGGCGGAGGAAAGGGUAAAAAGGCCAAAGAUCAGAAUGUAACAACUGUUGUGCUGAAUAGCAAUAACGGCAGUAAGAAUAGCAGCUCCACUGCAACCGUAUCCGAUGUGUGCGCAGCGGUAAAUCAUAACAAUAAGAAGCGCGAUUCGUUGCGUAUGUCAGUGGAAUCAUUGUCGGCCCUCGGUGGCAGCGUCGGCGCUAGUGGAGAAUCGUCCGAUUUUCUCGUGGUAACAAAAAAGAAAAAAACGAAAAAGAAGACUCAAGCUCUCGGUUCGGAGGAAUUGAGUAAUUCUAACUCAGCCGGCAACUCGUUGAUCAAUCGCCGAUAUCAAGGAGCGGGUAUUGCUGGCGGAAAUUACGGACGAAACGUAUCCAACAGUGGCAACAACGGUGGUGGUAAUGGUGGCAACGGUGGCAGAUAUCAGCCCAGCAGCCAUUUCACCGCAGAUCGUGAGGUUUACAUGAACAACGACGUAUCGAGACGAAAAUCGACGUCUUCUGUGCCACCUUCCGAGAAGUCAGAUUCCAGCGAUGCAGAUUCGGUCCACUCGUUACCGAUCGAAACGAACGCGUCCCGUAAGCAACAGCAGAAGCAACAGAAUCAACAGUCUAAAGGUAAAAGCAAUCAGCAACAGCCACAGCAACAGCAGCAGACUAGUCAACAGCGGCAGGGUUCGGGCUUGGCGGCAACAUCCCAAUCCUAUGCAGCAAUUGCACGGAUCGCGAAUGUGGAAAAAGCUGGAACCGGUGCCGGUGCGAGUGCCAGUGGUUCGAUUGCUGGUAUUGGGGAUGGUUCGGGUAAUCAUGCCGAAGGCACCUCGAACGCGUCCACCAACGUGAACAUGAUACAAGAUCUCAACUCAUCGGAAGCCUUCCCGCAACUAGUCGAAUCGCAGCAAUUCCAUCCGCAUCCGGCUUCGUUGUCGUCGAGCCAACAGCAAGCUCAGCUGCAAUCACUAUCGCAUGUUUCGUGCAAUAAUAGCGGCGGCAAUGUACAUAGCAGCGCUCCAAAUACCAAUAGCGCCGUUAGCAAUAGUAGCAUAAGUAAUAAUAGUCAUACACUAGUGGGUAGUACCACAACACGGGCGACGUACUCACAAAGUUUGCUCACGGCUGUGAACAACUCGAACGAUGAGGGUAACAAACAGCAGUACGCUUCGACCAGUAGUGCUGCCACGGGUACAGCAGCAGGAACAAACGGCAACAGCAGCAACGAAAUGGUGAUCGUUGGAUCAGCCGCUGCAAAUAAUGGAGGCCAUCCAUCGAAGAGCGUUCCUGACAGCACCAAAGCGUCACUUCACAAGUCAAAGAGUGUCGAUAAUAAUGAUAUCUACUACUCGAACGAGCAUUACCCAGCGCUGGAGAAAACGGUUAAGAGCUACCACCAUACCAGGGCGAACAACAGUGCCGAUCCUAGCGCGGUUGGAUCGUCUGCUGUGAACCCCACCAAUAUUGCCAAUAGUAAAAAUGCAUCGAAGACAUCAGCUACGGUAGUAUCUAGCAGCAGCGCAAAUUCCUCCUUGAACACGUUAAGCUUUGGGCAGGUUGCUGCUUCCACCGUAUCCAGCACACAAUCGGCAAUGUCUAGUGCCACUGCGACAGUCAACCUUGCCGGUACGAAGAAAGGCAAGGCGAAAAAGGAUCUCAGUGGAAACGUUAUGACGGUAGCUACGGCAACACCAGUACAGCAACAGCAUACAGAUGCUGAAUCUGCCAGCUGUAACGAAUCCUGGAAUCAUGCCAGUGCGAUGGUGAUCGACACUGACUCACAAACUAGUACCAUGUUACCGUUUGAUACGCGAAGCCCUAUGAACGGUGGUCCGGGUGUAAAUACUAUUAAUUUCAUUCAAACAUCGCCCCAACCGCAGCAACAGCUUGGGCCCGCCGUCAGUGGCAUUUCAUCCGGGUCGCAGAAUGUUGCUACGAACAUGAACAUGACGGGAUCUUCAACAACAUCGGGUAAGCGGCAGAAAAAGGACAAACAUCAGCAUCACUCCAUCUCCACGUCAGUGGCGGAUAAAAAGACGGGAGGUAACUCGGCCAGUUCGGGUACGGCAAUCAACAAUCCCAACAACAAUCAGGUAACCAGAAACAAGAAUCGUCCUGCCGUAAUAAUCGUGAACGACAACGAACCAAAGUCAAACGAAUUUACGUUCGGGUUCGACAUCGAUCAGGAACUGCUUUUUGGCGACUUUAGUGAGGAAGAUCGUAAGCUGCUCGAAGGUGAUGAUAAUUGUCCCGAACCACCGAAAAGCAAUGGUAAACAACAGCGCCGUAACAGUGCGGCAACGGGUGUCGAGCAUCCGGUUCAGUCACAGUCGGUAACGAUUUUGCCGAACAACAACAGCAGUGCUGCGGUACAAACAACGGACCUCGAUUACGCGCUGGUGCAGCAGCAACAAUCAACCGCUUCCUUAUCGCCAACUGUGACACUAAAUGAUACGCGCAACAGUAGUAUCAGCAAAGCGUCACCUUCAUCAGGAUCCUCAUCCGUUUCGUCUUCAUCGGCUUCCCUCUCCUCGGCUACCACGUGCAACAGUUACCAGCAGCAGCAACAGCCACAACCUUCACUCCCGAUGGUACAAAUGGCGAUCGUUGAUCAACCGAUCGAUGCAACCGAAACGCCAGCUGAUGCAACGAUGACGGGAACGAACAUAUACCAUCCGCCUCCACCGGUUGCUUCCACCUUGCUAUUGCGCGCGAUUUACACACAGCCACCACCCACUCUUCCACCACAACAUCUGACCCCACAGCCCGCGCCAUCGGCCACCGCGACCGGGCCAGUACGACAUCAUCAACAGCAACCUCAACCGCCAUUGCAUCACCAGCAACAUCAUCACAACCAGUACGCUCUUCCACCACCGGUAAUGACACCAGUGGUUGGUGCUGUACCAACGGUCAGCGCUACCGUGGCAGUACCGGUUAAGGAUGUGAACGCAAACGCAGCAGCCCCUCCCGUGGUUGCGGUACCAGCGGGUCAUCUCAUCACCGUUCCUCCACCACCUCUAUCGUCGCUGGCAAUUGUUCCAAACUAUGGUGCGGCAGUACUUUUGCCAGCAGCAUCCGCUCUUCCACCGAUCGCUGUUACCGCACCGCUCGUUGUUCCUGCAGCGCCUACCACCACGCUGAUCGUUGCCCAACCGCUAGAAAGUAGUAAAGAGCUCGUUGCGAGCACGGCACCGACUGUGCAGAACGAUAUAACAAACAACAACUGUGCUCCACACAACAAUUCGUCGCAAACGAAUGCAGUUACACACAACAAUAGUGUUGCUCAAAGCUAUCAUCAACAGCAGCAGCUACAGCAGCAGCAGCAGCAACAGCAACAACUGUCCAAGAUUCAAAUAAUGACAGUUGACACUGCCGCACAGACCCAAUCGAUACCGUCACCAUCGCAACAGUCUUCGUCUACGUUGACCACUGUGGAACCGACGAAGACUAACGCCCAACCGAUGGUGCUCGAAAAGAUGAAAGAGAUCAAUCUGCGAUUUAUCGCACCGGAAGAUGUACACACGACGGAAUACAAUCAUGAUAAGAUUGUGUUUUUCGUAGGAACAGCAUGGGAGGAUGCCAUCUGCGGCAGCAAUGGUACCACAAAGUACUACGAAGGCCAGUAA